AUGGCUGCUCGACAAGGCUCUUGUUUCUGUGGUGCUAUAACGUAUGAAGUUACCGGUAAACCGACUCUCAGCGCGUUUUGUCAUUGCACGCGAUGUCAGAAAAUGAACGGAUCUCCAUGCAUAUGGACCAUCCAUUUUCCAGCUUCAGCAUUCUCAUGGACCUCGACUAACCCAAAACUCGAUAAAUACGUCACCGACGGCAAACCGUACAAGACGCGAUACCGCUGCAAGACGUGUGGAUGUUGUGUGGGCUCGUAUAACAGCAUAACGGAGAACUGGAGUGUUUGGGGCACACAAAUAGAAAGAGAUGAGAACGGGUUAACAAAAGACUAUGAUGCCUUAAAGCCGACAGCGCACAUUUUUUACUCUACGGCUGUUAUCGAAGUUGGCGGAGAUGGUCUGGGGAAAUGGGAAGGUUACGAGAAUAAGUCUCUGCGUAUCUAG